AUGCCACCGCCAGACGACCCCUCCACUUCCCGCCUUUCCUCUCCAUAUAGAGGUACCGAAAUGACAACCCGCAACCAACGUCUACUCGCCCUAACAGGCCUCCCCUCCCUGCUCUCCACACCCCACGAUGCCCUCCUGAUAAUCCUCAACCGAACAACCCGCAUGCUCUCCUACGGCGCCUCCUCUCUCAUCCUCGCCCUCUUUUUUUCCAGCCUCAAUUUCUCCGACAGCCAAAUUGGUCUUUUCAUGACUCUCACCUUGUUAGGGGACGUAGUUCUGUCUUUGUUGCUCACACUGGUUGCGGACCGUUUGGGUCGACGGAGGACGUUACUUAUCGGGGCGGUGAUGAUGAUCUGCUCGGGGAUAGUCUUUGCGACAUGCGAGAAUUACUUUGUUCUCCUAGGCGCGGCCGUGGUCGGGGUUAUUUCUGCAACGGGCGGCGACUUUGGGCCGUUUCGCGCGAUUGAGGAGUCAAUGGUUAGUGAGUUAACCAGACCGGAGACCAGGGCCGAGGUGUUGGGGUGGUAUGUUGCUAUGAGCAGUGCCGGCAGCUGCGCGGGCACGGCGGUGGCGGGACGUGUGGUGCAGUUUUUGAUGGAACGAAGAGGGUGGGAGGGAAAGCAGGCGUAUCAUGCGGUUUUUUGGGGGUAUGUGGCUAUGGGCGUUGUGAACGUUUUGGGGGUUUGGGGGAUGAGCGAGAAGUGUGAACUUGGUGGUAGACGGGGGAACAAAAUGGGAGGGCAAGGGAGGGGGUUGAGGGAACCGGUGCAGGUGUUGGAGCCGGAGACGGAUGCGACGAGGGAGACUGAGCCUUUGCUUGCGGCAGCUGUGGAGGCUGGGUCGUCGCGAGCUGCUGUGGAGAGAGAGGAAAGUGAGGAGGAAGAGGAACCAAAGAAGCAGCAAAAGGGUUGGUACAAGGUGGAGAUUUCAAAAUCGGCACUUUCAGUCAUGCUCGUCCUCUGGGUGUUGUUAAUGGUCGACUGUGUCGCCGACGGCAUGGUCUCCAUGUCCCUAACGACCUACUACAUGGACCAAAAAUUCCACUUACCCAAGUCGACCCUCGGCGAUUUCUUAUCAGUCGCUUACUUCCUCGCCGCGCUCUCAUCCGUCUUCGCGGGCCCCAUGGCACGACACAUCGGUCUUGUCAACACCAUGGUCUUCACGCACAUCCCUUCUUCAGCCGCGGUGUUGCUCUUUCCUUUGCCCAAGAGCGUCACGGCGACGUUUGCGCUCCUGCUGGUUAGGGUUGGCUUGAAUAACAUGGAUCAAGCGCCGAGGGCGGCGUUGAUUGCUGCGGUUGUUAAGCCCGAGGAGAGGACAGCGGUGAUGGGAAUUACCGGCACGCUGAGGACGUUGGCGUCGACGAUGGGACCGAGUAUCACGGGCGUGUUGGCUGAUGGGGGAAGGUUCUGGGUGGCGUUUGUGGUGGCGGGUGCGUUGAGGUUGACGUAUGAUUUGGGGAUUUUUACCAUGUUUAUUAACAUUAAGUUGAAUAAGCAUGAGGAGGUGGAGGGGGAGGAGCGGGUUGCGAGGGAUGAGGAUGAGGAGGAUGAGGUUGAACGGAGGAGAGUGUGA